AUGCUUUCUCUCUUCGGCUUCGGUCCUAUCAUAUACGCGGGUUGCCUAUUUCUCAACGCGGUCGCCAUCUUGUCCGAAGACCGUUUCCUCGCCCGAAUCGGCUGGGGGAAGUCCUCACUCAAUGAUCCCGCUGGCGGACCGGCAUUUGGAACGCCCGGUCAAGACCCCGAGAGUUUUCGCAGCAAAGGCAUUCAUUUGAUCUCCAGCAUCAGAACUCUAUGUCGAGUGCCUCUGAUUGGAGUCAACCUCACGAUCAUCGUCUAUGAGCUUCUCCUAGGCUAG